AUGGCCCCCUCCCGCAUCGACACUCCCGAGGCUGUUGUGUCUAAGCAGCAGACCCAGUAUGGGGACUGGCGUAAUGACUUCUUCCGGGACGGAUAUGUGGUCAUCAAGGGUGUUAUCCCCAAGGAGCGAGCACAGGGAUAUCAGAGUGAUGCUUUGACUUGGCUAGAGUCUUUUGGUCUCGGAUUUGAUCGUAACGACAAAUCCACAUGGAAAAAGGAGAAUCUUCCUCAGAGUUGGAAGGGGGGGAUGUACCUCCAUUUCUCUGCCGCUCAUGAGAAGUAUAUGUGGGAUAUCAGAUGUGAACCUGGAGUCAUUUCACCCUUUGCCAAGCUAUGGGAAACAGAAGAGCUCGUUGUCUCCUUUGACACCGUGAACAUCACACUUCCUCAAUCCAUCGUCGGCGCCUACGACUCCAAACCCUGGCCACACGUCGACCAACAACCCGAACGCGGCGGCCUCCGAUGCGUCCAAGGAAUCGUCAACCUUUCCAACGCCGGACCCGAUGACGGCGGCCUGAUCGUCAUGAAAGGAUCAUCGAAGCUCUUCGACGAUUUCUUCGCCGAAAACCCAGUUCAAGGUCCUACACCUUGGCGAACAGCCAAACACAAGGACUUCCACCCUUUCCAAGACAAAGACCUGGAGUGGUAUAAAGCCCGGGGUUGCGAAUUGAUCAAAGUCUGUGCCGAGCCGGGCGAUUUGAUCCUUUGGGAUUCGAGGCAGAUGCAUUGGGCCCAGUUUGGCACUUCGGAUCUUAUUCGGACGAUUGCGUACGUGACUUACACACCUGCGGCGUGGAUGUCUGAGGAGGAUCGUGCUUUGAAGGUCGAUCUUUUUGAGAACUUUGAGACUACGACUCAUUGGCCGCAUACGAACUUCUUUUCUCAUGGUAAGGCCACGAAGACUAUUGAUGGGGAAGAAGUUCCGGACCCGUUGGAGAGAGAUGAGCCGAUCACCAAGGCGGAGAGGACUGAGAGGCUCCUCAAGCUGGCUGGUGUGGAGCGUUAUUGA